UGGAGGCUAGUAGUGAGUGACUGUGGAGAGAGAGACUGAAGAGAAGAGAGCAGAGCAGAAGAGAGAUCUAUAGUAGCAGUAUCUCUGCUGGAUACCUCUUCAAUAUUUCAAUCAGAAUUCUUCCUCAACCAGCUCGAGCCUCGCACUUCCCACCGGGACCCCACAUCACCCAAUCCUUAGGAGGGGGACAUAUGAACAGCACAGAGGGUUUACCACCCCGGACCUCAACACAGGAAGCCAUGUGAUACCCCCUUGCGCUGCUGAAAUCCCCCCAAAUCUGUGCUCUGAAUCGGGAUUGAAACCAAGGAUUGUAUUCCCCCUGCCUGAAACCCCCUCCUGAGUUUGUGGAUCUUCUCUAGCUGCAGGAGGAGGAAGGGAAGGGAGGGACAGCCAGGUCUCUGUAUACCCGGUUGGGAGACACUCUUCUCUGGGCAAGUGUGGGGUGUGUGCCCCCCUUGGGCUGGAGGCCAGCGCUCCAGCACCAUGGAUUACCUACCUGGGAUUGUACUGUUGCUGCUGUUCUGUGGGGCGGUGGUGCCUGGGCAGGGGGAGCCCAAGCACAGCGUCCCCAGGUUAAAGCUCUCCUACAGGGAGAUGGUAGAAUCCAGUAACCUCAUCACUUUCAACGGCCUCACCAACAGCUCCGGCUACGACACCUUCCUAUUGGACGAGGAGAGAGGAAGACUGUUGGUGGGUGCCGAGGACCACGUCUUCUCCUUCGACUUGGUCAAUCUCAACAGAGAGCACAAACAGAUCGCAUGGCCAGCCACGCCCUCAAAGCGUGACGAGUGCAAGUGGGCGGGGAAAGACCUCGGGAAAGAGUGUUCCAACUUCAUCCGAGUGCUCCAGCCCUACAACUCCACCCACCUGUAUAUCUGUGGUACAGGGGCCUUCCACCCCAUCUGUGCCUACCUGGAGAUGGGCAAACGGGCAGAGGACAACAUCUUUCGACUGGAGUCGUCCCACUUCGAGAACGGCCGGGGGAAAAGCCCUUACGACCCCAAGAUGCUCUCUGCGUCCAUCAUGUUAGAUGGGGAGCUGUACUCUGGCACGUCGGCAGACUUCAUGGGAAGGGACUUUGCCAUCUUCCGUACCCUGGGGGAGCAUCAUCCUAUCAGGACUGAGCAACAUGACUCUAGAUGGCUCAAUGACCCCAGGUUUGUAGGUGUAAACCUGAUCCCAGAGAGUGACAACCCUGAGGACGAUAAGAUAUUCCUGUUCUUCAAAGAGAACGCCAUGGACGGAGAACACACUGGCAAGGCCACUAUCGCCCGCAUAGGACAACUGUGUAAGAAUGACCUGGGAGGUCACAGGAGUCUGGUCAACAAGUGGACCACCUUCCUCAAGGCCAGACUGACCUGUUCAGUGCCAGGCCUCAACGGCAUCGACACACACUUCGACGAGCUGCGUAAGGAACUGUGUGUGUGUGUAUGUGAGCCUCUCUGUGGGUACUUUCUACCCGAGAGGGAGGAUGUCUUUCUGAUGAGCUCCAAAGAUCCUAAGAACCCAGUAAUCUAUGCUGUCUUCACCACUUCUAGUAACAUAUUCAAAGGCUCAGCAGUGUGUAUGUACAACAUGGCAGACAUCCGGAGGGUCUUCCUGGGUCCCUAUGCCCACCGAGAUGGGCCCACCUACCAGUGGGUACCCUUCCAGGGGAGGGUGCCCUACCCCCGCCCUGGCACGUGCCCCAGUAAAACGUUUGGGGGCUUUGACUCCACCAAGGACCUCCCUGAUGAUGUGAUCACCUUUGCGCGGGGCCACCCGGCCAUGUUUAACCCCGUGCACCCCAUCGGGGGUCGUCCCAUCGUGGUGAGGACUGAUGUGGACUACCAGUUCUCCCAGCUAGUGGUAGACAAGGUGGAGGCCGAGGACGGACAGUACGACGUCAUGUUCAUUGGAACAGACCUGGGCACGGUCCUGAAGGUGGUUACCAUCCCAAGAGAGAGCUGGCAUGACCUGGAAGAGGUGGUCCUGGAGGAGAUGACCGUGUUCAGGGAGCCCACCCCCAUCACGGCAAUGGAGCUUUCCACCAAACAGCAACAGCUGUACCUGGGCUCGGCGCUAGGCGUUUCCCAGAUGCCUUUGCACCGCUGUGAGGUGUACGGGAAGGCUUGCGCUGAGUGCUGUCUGGCCCGCGACCCCUACUGUGCCUGGGAUGGAACAGAGUGCUCCCGUUACUUCCCUACCGCCAAGCGGAGAACGAGACGCCAGGACAUCAGGAAUGGAGAUCCCCUCUCCCAGUGCUCUGACCUGCAGCAUCAUGAUGACGUGGACGGGCUGGGUCAUGUGGAGGACAGGAGUGUGUACGGAGUGGAGAACAGCAGCAUGUUCCUGGAGUGUAGUCCCAAGUCCCAGAGAGCCCUCAUCUACUGGCAGCUCCAAAGACCCAACGAGGACCGCAAACAUGAGAUCAAGUCGGAGGACAGGGUGAUCCGCACGGAGCAGGGCCUGCUCAUCCGCAUCCUCACCCAGGCCGACUCAGGCGUCUACACCUGCCACGCUGUGGAGCACGGCUUCAUCCAGCCCCUCCUCCGCCUCUCCCUCCAGGUCAUCCCCACACAGAGGCUUGGUGAUCUGCUGCCUGGUGGGCCACAGGGUGGAGCUGGAGGGUCUGGUGGCGCAGGUAGUGGGUCUGGUGGUGCAGGUGGGCCUGCUGGUGCAGGGCACUCAACAAAACACAAGCUGUGGUACAGGGAUUUCCUCUCCCUCCUCGACCACCCUGACCUGAACAGCGUGGAGGAGUUCUGCGAGCGUGUGUGGCGGAAGGAGCGCAAGCAGCGGCGUCUGAAAACUCCCACCAUCACCACCAAUGACCAAAGUCUGGCUAGGCCUGACGGCGGAGCUCUAAGCUCAGGCCUAAAGCCUAAAAGUAGUCCUCUUGGCGCAGGUGCACCCAAUGCCCAGAAGCAGCAGAGCGGGCAUCCUACGGUGCAGCAGCAGCAGAACAAAGAGGGGAGCCCCCGGAGCACGAACCCACAGAAGGUGCAACACCAUGCGGGUACGCUGACCCAGGCACAGGCCCCUAAAAACAACAACCAGAAUGCCCAGAACUCUCAGGCUACACCCAACACCCAAAGCCCCCAGAAGGGCCAAGGCGCCCUGGGGGGAACCCAGGUGCCUGGUGGUGGGGCCAGAGGUGGACCCCAGCACAAUGCCAAGUGGAGGCGGAUGCAGGAGAAUAAAAAGGGGCGAAACAGGAGGACCCACGAGCAACAGAGACCCCCGCGGAGUGUCUGAGACACACACACAGCAACACACACACUUACACACAUAUUGUACAUUAAAAUAUAGACUUGCUAUCCCAUAAAGAUAUACUGUAGGAACCCACAUAAUGCAAUACUCAUGGUCAUGGACAUAUGCUCAUUCACACAUAAUAUGUAGACAGAAAAAUACCGCCCCAAUGGAAUGCUCUAAAACAUACACGUUAAAGACACACACACACACACACACACACACAGCAAAUACCCUGUGAAGACUUGGAGAAGACUGGCGACUAACAGGACAUUGAAGACUGAGGCUAAACUGGAAUCGUAUGCGUACUGUACAUGCUAACCAUGUGGAUAUAGUGGCCCAGGGGGUACAGUUUGAGGAACUGUGUAGUCCAGAUCCGUGUUGCAAGGGGGACCGAGUUAUCUGGCGGACACAUAGCCCUCCUGUACAGACGCUACUUCCUUAUAGGACGGGGAUGGGGUUAAAAACAUUAAUUUUCAGUGAGGAUGAUACAUGUUACAUAUUCAGACCUCUGGACAAGUCUGGACAAUGGCCCCUACAGGACAUUUCAGAAGACAUUUCAGAAGGGAUUAAGACUUUAAAGUUCAGUAGGGACGUCCGUUACUGCAGCUACUGGCCUUGUUGACAUGCGCAGAAGGAAGAUGUCCACUAUAUAGAGACGGGAAGAACUAUAAGGAUAAAGAAUAAUGUGUCCAGUCGACUGCAAACUAGAACCGAAACACAUCAAAAGAAGCACAGUCAUUUUCAGAGAGUGAACUGCAAUUCCCACAAUACAGUUUGUCGGCUCAACUUUAUUCAACUGAUUCGAUUCACAACGACUCUCAUGAAUGAGCACUUUGGGCUUGUACAUAGAGCUUGACUGUCUUAUAUGUCAAACAUAUUAAAAUGGGGCACAGUUAGCUGGUUAACAAUCCACAACGAUGCCCUGCAUAUUGUUUGUAGUUCAAUAACAGAAUUAUUCAAUAUAAAACGACAAAAUCCACAAUAGCCUGUGAUCUGUGGAGCAAAAUCAAGCUUCUCUUCCUCCCAAGGCUUGAAAAGCAUUGUGCAUGUCGUAGUCAAUCAAUGUUCAUGAUUUGAAUAAGCUAUUUCUCGCCAGUUACUCGCUAUGUAAGGUUUUUUUUAUGUUAAAGGAGUCCUAUGAAAGAAAAAUCUAUUUUCUGUUUUUAUUUGAUAUUUACUUCUCUCUCUCCAUACAAACCACUGUAUCCCUGUAGGGGUAAACAAUUACGUAGUAGAAUUUUUGACCUGUCCCUUUAAGUUAUUUUUCUUUCUUUGCUUUCUCCUGGAGUUGCGUGUGAACUUAUAAAUCCAGUCAUAUGUUCGUGCUCAGUCUGGAAAACAGACUGCCUAUUGAUUCUGUACAUAAACAUACAACAACAAAACGACUCUUUAUGUAUGUAAAUAUAUACAACCAGAACACCACGGAUUAUUUAUUUCUCAUUGUUUUGUGAAAGGGUUGCAUUUAUUUUUGAUAUUCUGGUAUUUUGGCUCAUCAAUAAUCAAGAAAAAGACUGCGGCACGUUGAGAAACACAAACGGACCAAUGAGGACGGACUUCCUCUGUCAAGGACUCCCUUUUUUUCCGGGGGGCGUGUUUUGGAAGUGAACCACGGUAUGAGAGUGGGAGCAGGGGGUUGUUGUGUGUUUUACAGUAUCCAGACUGAGAGCCUUCAGGAUGAUAAGCACAAGUUUCUCAAACCCUCUUCUACGUUUCUGUCUCUUCUGGUCUUUUCGUAAAUGGGUGAUUUUUCUACCCAGGAGGUGUUUUCGUUGAAGUUUGGAAUCCCAUCCACCUAUUUCAUUCGUUCAUCCCAAAUACUCAUUUUAUGUAAGAUAAUACUACCCAAAACCUGAUAAAACAUUAGCUGUGAAUUUCUAUGUAAGAACUAGUAAGGAAAAGGUUCAAAUCUAAACGUAGUCUGAGGACGCUGAGUUAAAGCUGCAUGUGAAUGCUACUUAAGUGCAUCUUUUCUAUUGUCUCUAGAUGUUUCCUGUGAGAGGUAAAAGUCCUGUAGGCAACAUGUGUAAGAGAGAUGUGAAUAUUAUUCCUUUUUGCCAAAACAAAGAUGCCAACAUGUACCAGGGGUGUAUUCACUAGGAACCAAACAGAAGCAAACAGGCCGAAAUGGGGAGGGACUAACCUGAACUUGUCCAAUAGCAAACGCACAUUUUUGUUGCAAAUCGUUUUCUGUAGCUAAACGUUUUGCUAUGGUGUCUGCUAAUGAAUACACCCCAGUGAUGUUACUCCAACCCCAAAACUUGUAUUAAGACCUUCAACUUUUCAUACAACAAUGUGUUUCCCCCUCAGUAUACAACAAGCCUGAUGUGUCACUGCAAUAAUGGACAGCAGAUAGCAAGGUUUCCUGGUGGUAUGUUUCCGGUCUCUCGCGGUGUGUAGGGUGGACAAGGAGAGAACAGAUAUCCCUGCUGUAACAUGGUUCUUCCUGGCAUGCGUUCAGUUGUCUAAUUAAACAUUUCCUGUAAAACUUA